UCUUAGUCUGAAAAUAAAAUAUGAUCCUCAACUGCGUUUCCCCUCCAGUCAGCAGACGGUGAUGUGCGUCUUUCAGGCGAUGCUACCAGCGUGACGUAUAAUCUUGUCGACGGUUCUUCAUAAACAGCUCGUCAACCACCUCGGUAGCUUGCUAGACAACAUAGCCGAAAGAUUCAAGCUAUUUAUACGCUUUCGGUGUAUAUUAGGUACUGUAUUUUAGACACACUUCUGUCGUAUCUACUUGUUAACCUAUUUAAUAUAAUAUUACGUUAUUUUGUAUUAGUCAGCUAUAGUGGCUGGCUGGUUAAGUUAGCACUAGCCUAGUCGCUAAUGAUAGCUUGCUAGCUAACAUCCCCGAACAUGAGCUCCCUAAACUUCUCUCCUCCUGUUAAAGAAGAGGAGGUCUGCUGGACGGAGAAAGAAGCUCUGGGGCUGAACAUUGUCGUGAAAGAGGAGAAGGAAGAAGAGGAUGUCACAGUAAAAAAAGAAGUGGUGGGUGAGGCUGUUACUGUGAAUAAAAAAGAGAACGACGUUACAGUCAAAGAAGAGGAAGACGCGUUCAGAGUGAAAGAGGAGGAGGAUGUUACUGUGAAGGAAGAGGAUGCUGUUUUUGGAGUGAAAGAGGAAGGAGAGAUUACUGUCACAUUGAAAGAUGAAGAGGAGGAGAUAGAUCUGAUUAACACCAGAGAGAGACGGGACUACCAUGGGCCCUCUGGGGAGCCUCAACAACCUCAUGAUGCUGACAAGGCAGAGAAGAGUCUCUCCACAUUAGAACACCUCAAGAAACACCUGGAGAGAUCCACAGGGAAGAGAUCUCACCGCUGCUUUGACUGUGGGAAGAGUUACUCAAGAUCAAGUUCACUAAAAGUACACCAGAGAAUUCACACAAGUGAUAAAUCUCACUGCUGCUCUCACUGUGGGAAGAGUUUUACUCGGUCAUCCAGCCUGAUAUCACACCAGAGAACACACACAGGAGAGAAACCUUAUAGCUGUGCUCAAUGUUUGAAGAGUUUUGUUUCAUCUGGUGGCCUGACAGCACACCAGAGAACACACACAGGAGAGAGACCUUUUAGCUGUAAUCAAUGUGAGAAGAGUUUUACUCAGCUAAGCAGCCUGAUAUACCACCAGAGAACACACACAGGAGAGAAACCUUAUAGCUGUGCUCAAUGUGGGAAGAGUUUUACUACCUCUAGCAAGCGGACAAGACACCAAAGAACACACACAGCCUUCCUCUCCUCUGAAGACCCAGUGAGGGUGGAGCUCAGUCAGAGAGCUGUUGAGGGACUGGUUAGGAAGAACACUUCUCCAGCCAGAGAGGUCACACAUGGUUUAGAUGGGGCAGUCAAGAAAUGGAAUGACAAGGCCACAGAACAUGACAUAAGCAGAGCUGUGGGAGACCACCUCAAGCCCGGUGGUGUUUACCACUCCACCACACAUUCAGCAGGCUUGAAAAGUGGUAUUGAUACUGUUUUUCAUACUAAGAUGGACCAAGAGUCUGUUGAUUGGUCAUUCACUGGGUUCAUUUGUUGAAAUCAAAUCAAGCUUAAUUUAUACAGCUCUUUUCAGACAUGGAUGCAACACAAUGGCUUCACAGGAAAAAAACUAAUAAAUAAAUAGAAAAAAAUAAUAUUUAGUACACAACAAACAGAAGACUAACAGCUGAAAGACUAAUGAGCACCCUAAGGAAAUGCCAUUGAUUAAAAUAAUAAUUGGAUGCAAUAUCCAACCCAAAAUACAAGCUUGUUUUUUAGGAGGGGCUCUGAAAGACACUAUGGGGGUGCCCACCGAAAGUUGACGAGUGACAACAACUGGGACCUAAAAGACACCCACCAUGAGACCCACUAAUUCUGACCAAGAAGAGGCAAACAAAAGAAAAACCCACACCAAACUUAAAGACAGGAAGCAAACCAAAAAGGUAGCGCAACUA